AUGGCUAUCGCCAAUGUACGUGUAUUGUUCCCACUGAGAUCUAUUCCUCGGAUUCUUAUCAAUGUGGAUAGGUUCCCACGUCAGCUUACUUACAUUCCGAGUCGAUCUGCUGGGCAUUCACAUUGGCAAAACAUUAGACACACGAAAGAGGCUAAGGAUAGGGAGCGUGCACGUGUUACGUCCAAUUUCCUUUUACAGAUAGAUGCUGCCAUCAAACUUGGUGGAGGUGAACGAGAUCCCAAACAUAAUGGUCGCCUUGCCUCUGUUAUCGCUGACGCAAAAUCCAAAAACGUGCCAAUGGAUACCAUAAACAGGCGACUCUCAGCUCAUGAUAUGGUUGAUCCUUACAUUAUAGAAAUCCAAGCCCCUGGUGGUAUUUUUGCCCUCAUUGAAACACGCUGUAAGGCUGUGAAGCCCACACGUGAUAAGGUACAAGGCAUUGUCAAAAAGUAUGGGUUUAAGGUGUCGAGGUCGACUCCCGGCUCAAUUGCCAAUGAAUUUUUUGAGCACAAAGGUGUUAUUUCUGCCGCACCGCAAAAAACCCUGGAAAAUAUUGAUGUGGCAACCGAGUUAGCGAUCGAUUGUGGCGCGCAUGAUGUGACAGAAACGGAAAUUGAUGUUGGUGUAAAAGGAUUUGAAUUUCAUUGUGGCGUUAAUGAUGUCAAUAAUGUGCGCCAAAGUUUGGAGUCUCGCGGUGUCACCGUUUACGAAUCCUUUUGUCCGUAUUUGGCUGUUCGGAAAGUUUCCGUCUCCUCCAGCGAUUAUAAACUGAUGAACCAGAUGUACGACCGCAUUCGUGAUGCAAUUGAUUACACAGAUAACUUUUAUGACAAUUGCGAUGAGGCCGAGUGA